UAUUUAUCUCUCUUCACUUCUCUGCAGAAGAAAAUUCGCUAUCCUCCAAACACCACGAACUAGAAACUCCAUCGAUUCCAAAACCUCGUCUAUAUCUCUAUAUUCCAUUACCAUUUUAGUUUUCUCUCACAACUUCUUUCACAGCCGAUCGAAAUCUCUAUCUUUCUCUCUAUUUUUUUCUCAAGAAAAAUCAUUCAGGGUAGGGAUUCUUUUCAAUUGGAUCAUGAAGAAAGUAGGGUAUAGAUUCUUCUCAAUUGAUUCAUGAAGAAACUAGGGUAUAGAUUCUUCUUAAUUGAGUCAUGAAGGAAUUUAGGGUUCUUCGAAUGAAAUUUAUUUUCCAAGGAGAUUACUCAUUACAACUAUUUUUCUGUGAUUCAUAAGUAUUCAAUGCUUGUACUAUCAUCACUAGAUUUACAAGGAUUGCUGGAGAACUUUUUGGUGUGUUGAUUGCGGUCCUUUUGAUUCAAGAGGCCAUUAAGGGAAUGGUUAGUGAAUUUGCAGUUUCGAAGUCUGAAAAUCCAAAUGAAGAAAGAUAUCAAUUCCAGUGUGUGGUUGUUUACAAAUGGACUGUUGGUACUAAUCUUCACCUUUGGACUUCUCUUUACUUCUUUAAAAAUAAGGAGGUCCAGGUCUUGGAAUUAUGGCACAGAAUUCCUUGGAAGCUUUAUUGUAGACUAUGGGGUUCCUUUCAUUGUUGUGGUGUGGGCAGCGAUGUCAUUUCGUAUUCCAAGCAAAGUUCCAUAUGGAGUUCCACGAAGGCUUUAUACUCCUCUUCCAUGGAAAUCUGCAUCGUUAUAUCAUUGGACAGUAAUCAAGGUCCUGCGUAUGUGGAAAUAAUUGAAGUUUCUGGGUAUUUGAACAGGUGCUAUAAGUUAUAUGUUUCUUUAAUACUGCUGCAGUUUUAAA